AUGCCAACUAGAGAGAAGACCAGCGGCAGGUCUCCGGGGCAAGGAUUUCAACGGGUGCGUCAGCAUGACUCCGCGCAUGGGACUUUUGCCUUAGCCUGUGGAUCACAACGGCGCAAAAAUGAACACGAAAGACCCAUAUCAGCUCACAAACACCCAGACCAAGAUGACGUUCAAGUGCACGAGGAAAUCGAUGUACCCUUGGGAACGCCUAUCCGAGAUGCCCUCGCAACCGAAGAUAAGGACUCCGAUGAGACUACCAUGAGCACUACCGACAUUGCAACUCUUUCUGGCAAAGUAAUCCCCACUACCAAGAAACGCAAUGGUGGCAUUGGCAAUAAAGAAGCCUCUAUACCCUCAAUCAGCACUAUUGGGAUUGGAACCCUCUUUGACCAAGAAAUCCCCAUUACUCAGCAAGACAAGGGCAGAAUUGGCCUGGAAGGUGACUCUUCACAGGAUGGUGUCUUCCAGGAGAAGCCAUGGGUGAUCAAGCAAUGCCCCAAUGAGCCUCACCCUCUCCUGGAAUUCCCUCCUCUCUACUGGCUGGUCGAUAAAUCACCCAGGUUACUCAAAGAAAUCAAGCACCUCUAUUCACUUCGCUGGCGCUGUUCUUAUCCUCUCCAGCGUCGGGUGUUUCUUUCAAAACAGCUGGCAGAGCUGCUCCUGAUCCUUCCACUUGUUCUUUUCUUUGUGGGUGGUUUGCUCUUUGCAUUUGUUUGGCCCAGUACAUAUUGGUCCGGGCAGAUUGCUCGCCUUCCCCUCAUCCUUGCCUUAGCAACAGCAAUGCGAAACUCUCUGAUCACCUUGCUUAUUGGGUUGCCAUUUGAGCGGGCCCUGUGGUAUCACAAAGUCUUAGGCAGACUUACAUUCUUCAAUGGUAUUCUCCACACCAUUGUGGCUCAUGGUGAUGCUCUGGAGAAAACCGUCCACAAGUUUCUAUUCUUUGACCAACUCAACAGCUCUGGAACAGGUCUCUUUUUGUUGAUUGUGGGUGUUACUAUUACCUCCUUCCCUCAAGUCCGGAGCUGGUGCUUUGAAGCGUUCUACUACGUGCAUGUCGUCUUUGUUAUCUUGAUGACAGCCUGUGCAUUCUACCAUUCAGGAAUCCUUGUCCCAAUCUUGGCUUCUAUCCUCUGGGGUGGUGACCUACUGUGCCGAAAGAUCAUCAUGGCUUGCUUCCGAUAUCCCCGGACUGCCCGUGUGCGUAUCGUCAGUGACACUGUGACUGAGCUUUCUUUCCCCAAAACAGCAGCCUUUGACUACAAUGCUGGCCAGCAUCUGAGCAUUGCUGUAACGGAAAUUACUGGGGCUGGUCUAGAGUUCCAUCCAUUCAGUAUUGCCACCUGUCCCCAGCAGCCAAAUGUCAGCAUCAUGAUCCAUGUUGCAGGUGCCUGGACCAAAGCACUUCACAAACUGGCAAUGGAAAAGGACGAGGUUUCCAAUCUGGUUGAGGGUCCCAAUGGAAGUCCCAACAUUGAUAUUUUCAGCGACCGUUACGAGUCAUUUCUUCUCUUCAGUGGAGGUAUUGGCAUCACACCCAUUCAAAGCAUUUGCAACCAACUGGUGUACGAGCAGAACAAGGGCCACAGGAACCUGGAAAAGAUCAGGAUGGUAUGGUCUGACCGUGAUGCUUGCUGUAUUGAACGAACCGAUCUUGUCCGUCGUGCCAGCAUCAGUUCCCAUUUCCAGUUGCCUACUGAUCUGGAUUUGGAGGAAUUGGACCUGCAUAGCAUUGUCUCACGUAGUGUCUUCAAUGAUGGUGUGAGUCAGACAACUGAUCUUGCAUCCAUGCUUCUAGCAUUAGUGCCCCCAAGUCAAGAAAAUGAUGCUGAGCUCAAGGAAGACCUGCCGGUCUCAUGCAAGAAGACCAAGACUCGGAAGGCUGCACCGAGCAAGAAUACAGCCUCUGAUCAAAGCACUUUUGGGGGUGCCUACAACAAUGCUGAUUUGUCAGAUAUUCUGGACAUUCAGGUAUAUCUUAGCAAAGGUCAAGCACCGAAGAACCUUGCAAACAUGCCUUUUGUUCACAUUGGUCGUCCUGAUGUGGAACAGAUCUUUGCAGACAUGAGAGCUGAGGCCUUGGGGAAUGGACUGACUCGUGUGGCUGUCAUUGUCUGUGCCCCAGCAAAACUUGCCCGCAUCCUACAAGCCACAUGUGUCAAGUACUCUGAUGCCAAACUCUCCUUUGAUUGUCACCUUGAGUUCCAAGAUUGA